CGCCGAAGGUGCAAGCCGAAAAGUAUCGCUGCAAUCGAGUGCAAAGUGGUUUUGACAGUUUUAUUUCUUCGUAGUGGAAACUCGUAGUAAUAUGUGCGAUUUUUUAAUUAUAACAGUGUGAGACGAGUGCUGUUGACUACGAUGGCAACGAGCUGGAAAUUCGUCGUUUCAACUUUGUUGACGAUUCUGUCGUCCUCGUCGGUUAUCCCAAUGAUUUCAUCGAGCUCGACUUCCGCCCUGGGAAACUUGGAUCGAUGUGGGGGCCGGUUGGAACGAGCUUUGGAUGCUCUUCAGAGAGAUUCACCUCGAAGAAAUCGACUCGAUGAGGAAGAAGCUGGGAUCGUGUACCAACAAAAACUCUCGUCAGCACCUUUCGAAAUGACCGUCUCCCGGAUCGCAGUCAAGCUUCCUCAGGAUUCUCGGAAUCACGGUGAACAUUGGGCACGCGUGGAAAGAUGUUCUUACGAGCCGAAAAGCAACGCUCUCCAGACGCGAGUGAUGUUCAACGAUUUGUCAGUUUCCGGUGUAAUAUCACUUUUACCAAGAGACAAUCAAGCUCCGAUCUCAGCUGAAUCCUGCCGAAUGAGCUUACGUCUCAGACGAGCUGGCAUCGAAUUUUAUACGAAUCCCAUAGCUCGGGGACGCGGACAAAUGAGAAUAAGGACCGAGUCGAGCUUUCUGGAGCCAAGAUUUGCCUCGAUAUAUGCUUACGGCUGCAGACCAACGAGAACUGAUAAAGAAAUCAAAAGAUACGACAAAUGGCCACAAACUCAUCAGAAUAAGUACCAGCAAUCACCAUCAGUAAGUCAAUUAUCAAUCGAAGAGCCGUACGAAGCUCCUGAGCCCCGUGAAAUAGCUGGUCGCACGAAGGAAGAGGACGUAACAAUAGCAAACGAGGAAACGAGGGCCCGAGCGCUCUCCGAUUCUGACGUGAAUUUGGGUAUUUGGCGUAAAAACAUUUGGGUGACGAAAAUUCCACGGCGAAGAAGACGGAGAAGGUCGAUCGCCGAAAAUGAUCCAGGACUGAACAAUUCAACGGCGGAAGCUUCAAAUUACUUUCUGCGUUCACUGGUGAAAGAUGUGGCAAAAAAAACGUCCUCGAACUCGACGAAAUCUGUAAAAAAAAUGGAUGCCUUGAAACACGAGGAUGAAAACGAUACGUUUGAAAACUUGGGGGAAUCGAGAUUGAAAAAUAGCCUCAAAAGAGAAACAACGCUUUCCCAACUUCUUUAUCAGCCCGUUGCCGAUCGUCAAGAACGAGAAUUUCCCGAAAAUGAUUUUGAUCAAUCCUUGUCCGACGAAGACCUCGCUGAACGAAACGAUCAUUGGCUCUCUCGCGAAACUAUCGCCACCGAAAUGGAAGACGUUUUUCUUCGUGGUGCUAGCCAAGCUCUCACUAGAUACAUCGAACGCGAACUCCAUCCAGCGAUCAAAGAAACCCUCAUGUUAUCCAUGGGCUACACUAUUAGUUAUGGAUAAUUCCAAAAAGAAAUAGAAAGCUGAAAAGACAAUAAAAAAGAUUAAGGCAUUGCUUCAGAAAUUUUUAACAAUUGAUUUUUCUGUUAUUGACUAAUGAUUACUUUCGUGAAUACUUGAAAAGUGGACGUAAUUUCGGUGGAUAAAAAAAUGACGAUUUUUUCGAUUGUUUAUUUUUGAGUAGUUCACUCCAUUCGUUUGGAAGAGUAGUGAAAAAUAAUCGGGAAAAUCAACUUUUUCAUUGCCAAAAUGACGAAGAGUAAGAAAGUUUCUAUACACCCAGUCUUUUCACAGACUUCAAAUCGUUCAGUCAAUCUAGAGCUCCGAACACUUUUCGCUAAUCAUGAGAGCUGCAAAAUUACCAAAGUUAGACAAAAACCUGAUAUGUCCAAGCAAUUGAAAUUGUAGUUAGAACGAUCGGUAGAUUAUUCAAUUGCGCCUGAAUCGUGAUUCAUUUGUUCGAAAACCUUUAAAAAGCUUUUGGUUUUUGUUACCCGCUACGUUUCGAUGAGUCAAUGUGAGAACAAAAAUUUGUAUUUGUUCGUUUAUAAGAAUAUAUUUAUAAUUUAUUAUUUAUCACAAAUUAUUCUAAUCCUAGGUUUGCCGAUUGAAGGAAUAUAAGUAAAGCUUAUUAUAAACAUGUUACUAAAUGUAAUCAGUACGUAGGCAAUCUUGAUUUUGUGAUUCAAGAAGAUUUAUACGAAUGUUAACUGUUGAUUUUACUAAUAAAAAAGGAUAAUUUUCAGUCCAA